AUAAUUAAAGGUAUUCGCUGUAUUAAUUAGCGUUUUUAUAAGAAAAUAAUUAUAUCGAAUCAUUACACGAUGAAAAAUGUUUAGAUCAAUCGCAUAAGAUUUCUUACUACAUGAGAACACUGCCUGAAAUACAAAUCCUUAAAAUAGAUCAAUAAAAAAGAAAAUAGAUGAGACGUGCGUAACGGGAAAAUUUCAUUUUUUUUUUAUACAUAUAUACCGUGCAAUUUUUCGAUUAUUUUCUCUUUUUCUUAGUGCUAAAAAAAAGAAUAAGAAGGAAAACAAGAUAGCAGCCCGUGAAAAAAGAAAAAAUGGAUUCCAUGUAUCCUGCACCUCAAUCACCUUAUGCACCAACAAUGCCUGUCCCAACUGCACCACCACCAAGUGUAUUUUCGAUGCCACAACCUGGGAUACCGAUAGUACCACAAGGUGGUUGGUCACCGUCGAAUACGACUUGUCCACCAGGCUUGGAAUACCUUAUGGCCCUUAGUCAUCUAUUUGUACAACAGAAAGUCGAAUUAGUCGAAGCUUUUACCGGCUUUGAAACAAAGAACAAAUACAUCGUAGCGAAUGUCAGGGGAGAGCCAGUUUAUUACGUCGCGGAGGAGUCUGGAUUUUGUGGACGUUUAUGUCUGGGCACCUAUCGCAGCUGUGAAUUUGUUGUGAUUGACAAUAACAGAAGGGAAGUGUUGCGCAUGGUUCGUCCCUUCAGAUGCGACAGUUGCUGUUGUCCUUGCUGUAUGCAGGAACUGGAGGUGUAUUCUGGAGAUACAUUACUUGGUUCGAUAACGCAAGAUUGGAGCCUUUGGCGACCUACUUUUUCGAUUCGUAACGCAGCCGGAAAUACUGUUUUAAUUAUAAAGGGACCUUGGUUACGUUCUGCCGUAAAUGUAACAUUUAAGGUUAAAUCUGCGGAUGGUAGACACAGAGUUGGAGAUAUUAAGAAAGAAUGGAGCGGUAUUGGCAAAGAAGUUUUAACUAGCGCAGAUAAUUUUGGUAUAAGUUUUCCAGUAGACCUAGAUGUUAAGAUAAAAGCCGUUUUACUCGGUGCUUGUCUUCUAUUUGACUUCAUGUAUUUUGAAAAGAAAGAUAAGUCAGCCGCAUAAAAUGGAAGCUCUUCCAGAUCUGUUUAAAACAAAUACUUUACUAUAAUUACUUUUGCUAUGCUUUUCUAUAUAGCUUUUAACAGAUUAAUAUAAACAGAAUUGCAUACAAUUCAUAAGAGUGUAACUAAAAGUCUUCUAAUGUAUUCUAAAGCCUAUCUAUAAGAUGCACGUGUUACUGCAAUCAUAUUUUUCUAUGUUGUAUUCAAAAAUUGACAUACUACGAUUGUCAUAAGCACAAGGUACUGUUUUUCUGCCAACUGAUGUAAUUACAUUCAUUAAUUGUUACGAGCAUAUGUUGUAUGCAUGUAUUUUUUUAAAUGUGACUGAUUUAUACUCACAGGUAUAAAGUAAAUAAUGAUUUUGUGAAUUUUACAAAGGAUGGAGAAAGAUUAAAGAAAGGAAAUCAAUAUAA